AUGUCCUUUAUUGAUGAAAUUCAAUCUGUUGCAGGUACUUGCAAAAGUGUCAAUAUACUAUUAUGGUGUGUAUUCGGUUUCGGUGUCUUAAAGUUAACUACUUUAAUUCUGCGUACCCUUGCCAUGCUAUUUGAUCUAUUCAUUCUACCAUCUGUUAAUUAUGCAAAAUACGGUGCUGGUAAAGGCAAUUAUUGUGUUGUUACUGGUGCUAGUGAUGGUAUUGGUAAAGAAUAUGCAAGACAAAUGGCUCAACGUGGAUUCAAUUUAGUUUUGAUUUCUAGAACUUUGAGUAAAUUAGAAAGUAUUAAAACCCAAUUCGAAGGACAAUACAAAAUUAAAGUUGAAGUUUUGGCUAUGGAUGUUGCUGCAGAUGAUAGUUCAAACUAUGAACAAAUUAAACAAUUGUGUCAAAACUUACCAAUUACAGUCUUAAUUAACAACGUUGGUCAAUCACAUUCUAUUCCAGUUCCAUUCUUAGAGACUCAAGAAGACGAACUAAGAAACAUUAUUACUAUCAAUAAUACUGCCACUCUUUUAAUAACACAAAUAAUUGCACCAAUUAUUAGGGAUACUGUGAAGGAUAAGAAAUCAUCUCGUGGGUUAAUUUUAACUAUGGGUUCAUUCGGUGGUUUAAUUCCAACACCUUUGUUAGCUACUUAUAGUGGGUCCAAGGCUUUCUUACAAAAUUGGUCUACUGCACUUGCAGGUGAACUAUCUGGUGACAAGAUCGACGUUGAACUUGUAUUAUCUUAUUUGGUUACUAGUGCUAUGUCUAAAAUUAGAAAAACCUCAAUGAUGAUUCCAAAUCCAAAACAAUUUGUUGCUUCUACUUUAAAGAGUGUUGGAAGACGUUGCGGUUCUCAAGAGAGAUAUGCUACAGUUACACCAUUCUGGUCUCAUGCUAUCUAUGAGUUUGUGAUUGAUGAAACUUUCGGUGUUUACUCUAAGAUUGUCAACACCAUCAACCAUUCAUUCCACAAAUCCAUUAGAAUUAGAGCUCUAAAGAAAGCAGCUAGAAAAGCCAAAAAAUAG